CCCGCCGCCCUCUCGGGGUAGCAUGGCCGUGAGCGCGGCGGCCGCCCCCGCCGCCGAGCCGCUGCCCCGCAGCAUCUUCAAGAAGUUCCUGGUGAUGCUCUGCUCCCUCCUCAUGUCCCUCUACGUCUUCUACUGCCUGGCUGACCGCUGCCAGACGCUGCCCGGACCCAUCAUCGCCGCCGGCGCCGCGUCGGAGGAGGACGAGGGCGGCGGCGGCGAGUUCCUGGGCGGCUCGGCCGAGCUGCCCCCCUGGCAGGCGGCGGCGGCGCGGCGCAAGCGGCUCCUGCAGCGGCUGAAGCAGCGGCGGCGGCGGCAGGAGGCGGCACCGGGCGCCGAGGUGCCGGCCGGGGGCGGCGGGAGCCGAGGUGCCGGCGGCUCGGGCGGCGGGGCGGGCACGGCCGGCACCCUGGCUCUGCUGCUGGGCGAGGGCAGCAAGCGGCUGCCGCAGGCCAUCAUCAUCGGCGUCAAGAAGGGGGGGACGCGGGCGCUGCUGGAGUUCCUGCGGGUGCACCCCGACGUGCGCGCCGUCGGCGCCGAGCCCCACUUCUUCGACCGCAACUACGAGCGGGGACUCGCCUGGUACAGGGAGCUGAUGCCCAGGACACUGGAGGGGCAGAUCACCAUGGAGAAGACCCCCAGCUACUUUGUCACCAAGGAGGCCCCAGCCCGCAUCUCCUCCAUGUGCAAGGGCACCAAGCUGAUCGUGGUGGUGCGGGACCCCGUGACCAGAGCCAUCUCGGACUACACCCAGACGCUCUCCAAGAAGCCUGACAUCCCCACCUUCGAGAGCCUGACCUUCAAAAACAGGACUACGGGCCUCAUUGACACCUCGUGGAGCGCCAUCCAGAUCGGCAUCUACGCCAAGCACCUGGAGAACUGGCUGCUGCACUUCCCCAUCGGGCAGAUCCUCUUCGUCAGCGGGGAGAGGCUGAUCAGCGACCCCGCGGGGGAGCUGGGCAGGGUCCAGGACUUUCUGGGCCUCAAGAGGAUCAUCACGGACAAACACUUCUACUUCAACAAAACCAAGGGCUUCCCGUGCCUGAAGAAGGCGGAGGGCAGCAGCAAACCCCACUGCCUGGGCAAGACGAAAGGCAGGACCCACCCUGACAUCGACCAGGAGGUGGUGCAGAGGCUGAGGGACUUCUACAGGCCCUUCAACAUGAAGUUCUACCAGAUGACAGGGCAGGACUUCGGCUGGGACUGAGGCUGAAAGAAAUAAUUUAAGAAAAGGAAAAUAUAAUAUAAUAUAUAUAUAUUUUUUUUACGUAUCAGUAGAGAGGUGGGGGGGGAAAUAUGGGAAAAAAAAAUAAUAGCUGUGCUGAAACACACUUUGCUUUUUUUCUUUUUUUUUUACAUGGCUUUGUUUCCUUUCUUCUCUCAGAGAAGAGGGGCUGUGUAGACCAGAAAAGGAGGUUGUGGAGGACAGCCUGGUCCUACUGGCACGAGCAGCUUCCCCCAGUGGGCCCGAGGUUUAGCACAGCCUCUGGAAAAAAACACAGGUGCAAAGUUUUUAGCAGUGACAGGGGUGCUCGGGGUAGCUCAGAGUCUUCCUGAAAGUUCAGCCAGGUUUUGGCUUGCAAGGGCCAUUUUGGCCAGACCUCACCACUUUUGACAAUAAAACCAAGGUGGCUUAAUACCUAAUUUGGCUUUCCAAAUGUUACCUUAGGGGAUUUUUUAUUGCAUGAAACAUUUGGUGAAUUUUGCUUCCACUUAUCCAAUUUUUUUUGUUUUGUUUUACUUUUACCCCCCUUAAAUCAAGCUCUUUUCAUCAGCCAAGCUUAUUUUUCCUCUUAAGGAAGCCAAAACCAAUAAUCCUUUGUUUUGUUUUGAGAGAAAAUAAUUUUGGUAGCCAAAAGUGAAAGAACACAAAUGAUUCUUUUGACUCUGUAAUGAAAAUUGCCAGGUAGUCAAAAGCCUCAUUCACAGGAGCUGGCUCUAAACCAGGGCUCCCUAUUGCAUCCCUUUUGCUACUCUGACUGCAAAAUGGUUUUCUGAGGGGUUUUUUUCCUAAAAGGGGCCCAUCUGAAGGGAUUUUGGGGAUGGGAAGGAGAUUCCACACUGAGAUGAUGCUCAUAGCCCACCCUGAAGGUGUUUGGGGUGGCCACCCUCCCACCAGGCAUGUGCAGGAAACUUCUUGGUGUCCAGUGGACGUGGGAUGAGCCAUAAUGAUGAAUGCUUUAAGUUGGGCCAGUCUUAAAUGGGCUGGAGGAAGGGUUGGUUGGGAAAAGGUGAGCAAUAAUCAUGUCCAGAAAGAGGAAUGAGAAAACAAUAGUUCUUUCCUGAAGGAGAACUGAGGGGGAACCUUGAAGCUUGUGAAGGGCUUUAAAAACUGUCAGGCUAACCAAAUCUCCUUUACCAUGUUUUUUUUAGCUGGUGGAAAUGUUUCAGAGACAGAAAUCUGUUAGUGAAGCAGAGUCUUUUAUUACCAUGGGCUCAUUUAUCUGCUGGCUCUUGAUCUUCAGCAUUCCUGAGCUCUGGGAGUACCCAGUUACACCUUGGUGCAUAAACCACAUGGAAGUGCUCCCUGUGCUGAGCCCAGCUCUGAGGAGUACCUGAGGGGGUAAAACAAACUGUGGGGAUCCCCCAGGAAUGUGGGUAGGAAGAAGCCUGGGGAUGAAGUUCACAGGCUGCCUGCAUACCAGCAAAAA